AACCUUUUGUUUAUGCGCACACGUUCCGCCAAGCUAGUAUGGAUGAGCGGCCCUCUGUGUUACACCACAUGGAUCAUGCAAUGACGAGAAAGUCUAGGAAGGGCCAGGUCUCCUAUGCGUUCAACAUGCGAGAUAGGGCAUUUGCAGCUCUGAACAGGGAUAUCAUGUCUGAGCUGACGACGGAGGCUAAAUUGUGGUGUGGUGCGUCCCCUUGUAUUGAGGUUGAAACGGGUGAGCAGAUUGCGUGACAUGCCCUCGGCGUAGGAGCUGACUUAGUGUUGGUGUGUGGUGUGUGUAUCGAGUAGGGCGCAAGGUAUUGGCGUGCAGGCGGCAGGC